AAGUAGUUUCAUUUUUUCGCCCCUGUGGAUAAUCAGACUCCUUCUUCUCCUUCUCCCUUGCUUCCGAUCAAAAUUUCACGGUGUCUACCGUCGCCGUCGCUAACGGUGUCAUUCGUUAACGUUAACGGUAGAUUGCUCUUUCAGAAUUUGAAUUUCUCAUAUUCCUUAGAAGCGUAUCUGUGAAUAUAAAGACGGUCAAACCCUAAACACCUGUGAAGAAUCUGAUGCCCUUGUUCCAAGCAAUCUCGGAUUGAUUGAUAAAUUUGAGAAAACCCAAUAAGAGAUGUAUCAGAUCUUUGUGGAAAGACGGUAGCUUUUUAAGGGAGAAGCAGCUGAUAGGUUUCUGAAUCUGCGAAUCAAACAAGGUUGAGCCUCUCCCCAUGAUUAGAGGUUUCGAAUAUUCUCUUACGUUUGAGUUUCUAUAGAGAAGAGAUUUCGAAUAUUCUCUUGCGUGCGUUUGGGGUUUCCAUAAAGAAGAGAUUUUGAGUUUGUGGAUUCUCAGAGCCUUUUGGUAAAUCUUGUGGGGAUCUCUGAGGAAGCCAUGGAAGAGUCUUCCCAGGGGAGUUUUGUUACGACCAUAAACGAAGAGUAUGAAACUAUUUGCUGGGGCUGUGGACUAAACCUUGUGCUUCCAUCCUACGCACCUGUUUUCAAGUGUGGCUGGUGUGGUGCAAUCACCAAUCAGAAUCCCGUCAGAGUUGAAACCCGAAACUUUGGGUUGAGACGGUUCCGUGACCGCUGUUUUGUUGUUAUUCUUGCUGUCUUUAUGCUCUUUGUCAUAUGUGGUGGGAUUUGGGCAGCGUUUCCGGUCGUGUUUUCGAUCAGCUUGGCUUGUGGGAUAUUCCAUUCUGUUGUAGUAGUGUCCCUGGCUAUAUCAACGUUAUCAACAUUCAUACUUGUUGCUUUUAAGUGCGCCGGGAAACCAAUAGAUAUUCUUUAUGGAACCCACCCUGGAGUAGGGAGCGGCGCACUUAACAACUAUACCUUUUGUCACCACUGCUCCAAACCAAAGUCACCUAGAACUCAUCAUUGUCGCACCUGUGGCAUGUGUGUCCUCGACAUGGAUCAUCAUUGCCCCUUUAUUGGUAACUGUGUUGGUGCGGGUAAUCACAAAAACUUCAUCGCCUUCCUUAUCUCAGCGGUGAUAAGCACAAUCUACGCUUCGGUUAUGUGUGUAUAUACCUUGAUCCAUAUCUUGCCACCCCUGGAAAACCAAGCAGCGUAUGCAUCCGACAUGCCACAUGCUAAUAGCGUAUCUGUUCUGAGAGUGGUGAAGAAUAUCAUACUUGCUUACAUAGCGAACGCUAUCUUCGUCUCUGUCCGAGGCCUUGUUCUAGUGUACCUCUUUGUGGCGAGUUUUUCAGUGGCGAUUGGGCUAAGUGUUUUGCUAUGGCAACAGCUUAGCUAUAUCUAUGAAGGCAAGACUUACUUAAGCCAUUUGAGUUCUCAAGGAAGUGAGGAAGAUGGUGAAAAGAGCUGUGGGAAUCUGUUGAAGUUUUUUGGAUGUCCACUUUUAAUUGAAAGGUACUUGCCAACUGUACGGAACUUGAGGAAGAGGCAUAAGACAUGAGAAGAGAAUGGUGAGCUGUGGAUGUUUGUUCUGUUUCUUCCUGCAAUAGUUGGAGCUUGUUUUUGGAGCUAACAGGUAAUGGAUAUGAGCAAAGUUCGUAUCUCGUUUGUGAAACCACAUGUUCAUAAGAUAAUGGUAAAUUUUCUAUUUGUUUCAAGAUUGUAAAAUUUUGUUUGCCUGACAUGCCUUGAGUUCAACAAUGACAUGGGAGUGUCCAGUUCAAGUUAUGUCUUCUAUGCCUUGACUUUAAGACAAACAAAACAACGGUUAGGACCAUCGCCUGUUUGCGGUUUGAUUAAAUGUAUGAAGGAACCUAAUAGUUGUAAUGAGCCAGCCACUUUCUCGACAACUUUCUUCACUAUGUUUUUGAACCAUAUUUGUUCGUCUUUACCUUCUUUCCAAGCUGGUUUCAGAAGCCACCUUAACAAUCUCAACAAGCGCAAACUUAAACGCC